AAAUGUACCAGCAGUGUUUGAUUUAUUGAAUUAAUUUGGAAUGGUCGUCUGUGUCAUUUGAAAUUCAAAUUUAUAUAGUACUUACGUUAAGCAGUAAAGUUUUGACCUUUUCUUUCCCAAGCAGUUGUAAGUUGUGUGUGCAAAAGUAAUAUUCAAAUAUUAACAGUUUUCUUUACGUUGAUUGGGAGUCCCUUAAGAAAAAACGCCGAGUACACUCCUGCAUCAAAACAUCUGCCUAGCUUCCAUUCGACUCUAAGAAUUAAAAAAAAUCAAUCGCAAACAAUCAGAAUUGCUAUGGAGGAUUUUACGGCAGACACUGAUUUGCCAUACCAGUUUAAGGCAGAGGAUUUAAUAGCAGAAGGAAGAGCAUCUAAAGAACACGUUGAUGAAAUACGAACUUUCGUAUCAAAUUUAACAGACAAAUAUGUCCCUCUGAGGAUACAGGACGAAAUGAUAAUCAUAUUUUUACUAUCAUGUGCACACGACGUAGAACUCACCAAAAAAACAAUUGUAAAUUACUACUAUCUCAAAUGGCACGGUCCUGAGAUAUACGACGACAGACAUAUGGAUAGGCCUGAUAUACAAUUAGCAAUAAAGACUAUACGUAUGUCAAGUAUACCAGUUCGAACAGAAGAAAACGACGUGUAUCACUAUUUCAAUUUAAAGGAUACCAAUUAUAGAAAUUUUGAAAUGAUACCUAUAAUGAAGGUAUCAUAUAUGCUAAUGGACAUCGCCCAAGAAAAAAAUCCCCCAAGUGGUCUUUUUGUAGUUAUAGAUAUGAAAGGAGCUAGUAUAUUGCAUAUGACCAGAAUAAAAAUGGGAGCAAUAAAGAAGUAUCUUCAAUUUUUACAGGAAGGAUUUCCAAUGAGACUUAAGAUGAUUCAUAUUCUCAACGGAGUCUACUUCAUGGAUAAAAUUUUAGCUCUUGUACAAGUGUUUAUAAAAAGUGAAAUGAUGCACCUGCUUAAAAUUCAUCCCCCAAAUUUAUCACAAGAAAAGCUUUUUGAGAUAGUACCAAAGAAAUAUUUACCGAAGGACUACGGAGGCGAUCUUCCUUCCGCAGAUGAACUUCACAAUGCGACGGUAGAGCUGUUUAAUAAAAAAGAGAAGUUUUGGGAAAUGGAAGAAAAACUACGAAAAAUUGCAUAUAGAGAAUAAAAAAAAUGAUUGAAAUAAACAAGUACAAUUAU